UUGGAACAAUUUCAUAUAAAUGUUAAUUCCAUCAGAAGAAGAUUCGAAGUCAGUUCAGUAAUGGGAGUGGUAGUGGGUUGUAAAAAGCGUAUUAUGAUUUGAUUUAUGCGGAAAGUAAAAAAAAAUCCAUUGAUUCAUUCAUUCCGUAUUUCCCUUCAUCCGCAUCUCUCGAGAACCAUUGAAGCCUUGUGAUCCGAUUCCUCGCUUUUCCUCCCCAAAUGCCGACGAGUUACAGGCCUGAGCUUCUCACCGUCGCCGUCGCUGUGGUUGCUGUCGGCGUUGCCACUGCCUGCUAUUUCUACGUCGCCAAGAAAUCCAAACCCAAAGGUUGCUUGGACCCUGAUAACUUCAAGGAAUUUAAACUAGUUAAACGCACACAACUUAGCCAUAAUGUAGCAAAGUUCAGAUUCUCUCUUCCGACUCCAACCUCAAUCUUGGGGCUGCCGAUUGGGCAGCAUAUGAGCUGCAGAGGAAAAGAUAGCCAAAGUGAAGAUGCUGUGAAACCUUACACUCCAACCACUUUGGACAUAGAUGUUGGAUACUUUGAGUUGGUCAUUAAGAUGUAUCCACAAGGAAGGAUGUCCCACCACUUUCGUGAGAUGCGUGAAGGUGAUUACUUGGCUGUGAAAGGUCCAAAGGGACGAUUCAAAUAUGAACCUAAUGAAGUAGAGGCCUUUGGAAUGCUUGCUGGAGGCACAGGCAUAACUCCUAUGUUCCAGGUUGCAAGAGCAAUACUAGAAAAUGAAGUGGAUCGCACCAACGUGCAUCUUAUCUAUGCUAAUGUUACUUACGAAGACAUUCUUCUGAAGGAAGAAUUGGAUAGUCUUGCAACUACGUUCCCUACCCGUUUUUCUAUCUACUAUGUGCUCAAUCAGCCUCCAGAAGAAUGGGAUGGUGGUGUUGGCUUUGUAACUGAGGAAAUGAUACGACUACACUGUCCUGCGCCAUCCCCUAAUGUCCGGAUUUUGAGGUGCGGACCACCCCCGAUGAACAAAGCUAUGGCUGCUUACCUGAACAGUAUUGGCUACACUUCUCAAAUGCAGUUCCAGUUCUAAUAAUCCAAAGUUUCCAAUCCCAUUAUUUACUUUUUUUACUUUACUUACCCCAUUAAAUUCAAUUCAUCCAAUCUCGUGAAAUUAAAAUGUAUAUCCAUCCAAACGAAGAAUCACAUUAAUAAAAUGGUGGACUAUAUCAAUGUUUGGAAUAAAA